CAGCAGCAGGUGGUGGUGUGUGGCUGCUCCUGAAAACUUUUUGCAAAGGUGACAGCUCAGUCAAUCCUCACCCAAUGCACAGGCUCACUAAAGAGGGGGAGUUCCAGCAAUAGCCAUGGAUCUGCUACCUCAAGUGAAUCCAGGAAUUCAUCUAACUAUUGCCUGUCCAAUGAGACAUAAGAGCCAGGGGCAAAGAAUCAGCUCACAUCAUUACUGACUCUCCUCAUCACAGAAGAAGGAAGACUUAUUCAGCAUCAUCCACAGCCCCUGGUUAGAUCUCUAGAGACAGACAGCAGCCACAUUUACUUAAGAUUGUGAAUUACUGAUACAUCCUAAAUCUUUGCUCUUUUUUUUUCUUUUCUUUUUUUCCCCCUUAAAAUGUUAGGUUAUCAUACCCUUCAUUUUACUCUCCCUCUAAACGUAUUAAUAUAAAUACAUUUAAAACCAACUUUCCUUAAAACAUAUUUCAUACUUUUAACAACUCUGCAAAUCAGAGUAAGGAUAAACAUUGUUGCAGAUAUUUCCAUCAGCAAUAACAGAAAAAUAAUAUAUUUUAAAAAGAAGGAUAUACAAGUUAUACAUUGUGGAAAAUGAAGAGGAACAAGAAAGUUUGGAAGGAUUCAAUUUGCAGCAGAUGCUAAUUUUGAGAUGCAGUGAUAUCUUUACCUGCAAACCAUCUGGGAUUAUUUUUUUUGGAAAGCACUUUAUUUGGGAGAUAACUACAUUAUGCUACAUUUAGCCCACCCUGGAGGACCCCUCAGGAUUCACCAUAAAGGUUCAUCUUCUCCAGGAUUAAGGAAUUGCCACAGAACAGUAGCUUCCUCAGAAAGCAAUCAAACAAACUCAACUAGGAUGUGUUUUGUUUAUAUUUUAAUUUUGCUUAUUUUGACUCCAAGGGUGGACUCUUCUUGGUGGUACAUUGGAGCCCUUGGAGCCAGGGUAAUCUGUGAUAACAUCCCUGGAUUAGUGAAUAAGCAGAGGCAGCUGUGUCAGAAGCAUCCAGACAUUAUGCAAGCCAUUGGGGAAGGUGCCAAGGAGUGGAUCCGUGAGUGCCAACAUCAGUUCAGGCACCAUCGAUGGAACUGCAGCACCCUGGACAGAGACCAUACAGUCUUUGGGAGGGUCAUGUUAAGAAGUAGCAGAGAAGCAGCAUUUGUCUACGCCAUAUCCUACGCAGGAGUAGUCUAUGCGUUAACACGGGCCUGUAGCCAAGGAGAACUUAAAUCCUGCAGCUGUGACCCCAAGAAGAGGGGACGCUCCAAUGACAGCACAGGAGUGUUUGACUGGGGAGGUUGCAGUGACAAUAUUGACUUUGGGAUUGAAUUUGCCAAAGAUUUUGUGGAUGCCAAAGAAAAGAAAGUGAAGGAUGCUCGAGCCUUAAUGAAUCUACACAACAACCGAUGUGGAAGGAUGGCAGUAAAACGUUUUAUGAAGCUUGAAUGUAAGUGUCACGGGGUCAGCGGGUCAUGUUCAUUAAGAACAUGUUGGCGUGCCAUGUCAGACUUCCGAAAAACAGGAGACUAUCUGAGAAAAAAAUAUAAUGGGGCAAUCCAGGUCACCAUGAAUCAAGAUGGUAGUGGCUUUACAGUGGCCAAUCAGAAUUUCAGGGAAGCCACAAAAAAGGACCUGGUCUACUUUGAGAAUUCUCCUGAUUAUUGUGUGAUGGACAAGUCUGCAGGUUCCCUGGGAACUGCUGGCAGGGUAUGUGAUAAGGUCUCCCGUGGAACAGACGGCUGUGAGGUCAUGUGCUGUGGACGGGGUUAUGAUACCACACGUGUUACCCGUAUCACUAAAUGUGAAUGCAAGUUCCAUUGGUGUUGCGCUGUGCGCUGUAAAGAGUGCGAGGAGACAGUGGAUGUGCACACCUGCAAAGCACCAAAGAGAGCAGAAUGGCUAGAUCAGACCUGAGCCCAUCUCGCCAAACAUCUGGACAAAAGCUGCAGGCCCCGCAGGAUUCUGGGUGUAAGUGUAGUCUGGCUGCAUGGCUUCUUAUUUAAUUAAUUAUGCAAGGCACUAAAGACAGGACUACACUUCC